AUGUCUGCCUCCAAAUCGCGAUGGGCAGACGAAGACCCAGAAACCGAGGCGCUUAUCGCGCAACAGAAGCGCGAAAAGGAAGAAAAGAAACGCGCUAAAGCUGAGAAACAACGCCAGCUCGACGAGGCUAAAAGAGCUCAAACCACCCAAACGGUUAAUGGCGCCCAAGCACCCAAUGGAGAUUCUGAACCGCCGAAGAAGCGAAGGAGGCUGUCUAAUGACCCCGAUGCGACUGCGGAUGAAGAGGUUCCGGGAAACGAGGAACAGGCUCAGAAGAAACUGUCGACACUGUUACGGUUCCCAGUGCGGGAGUGGGGGACAUGUCGACAUGUGGAUAAUUUCGAGAGGUUGAAUCAUAUCGAAGAGGGUUCUUAUGGAUGGGUUUCGCGGGCAAGGGAUAUCACCACUGGGGAAGUCGUUGCGUUGAAGAAGUUGAAGAUCGAGAACUCGCCGGACGGGUUCCCUGUGACCGGGCUACGGGAGAUCCAGACACUCUUGGAAGCUCGACACCAGAACGUGGUAUAUCUGAGAGAAGUGGUUAUGGGAAACAAAAUGGAUGAUGUAUUCCUGGUAAUGGAUUUCCUCGAACACGACCUGAAAGCCCUCCUCGACGAAAUGCGCGAACCCUUCCUACCAUCAGAAAUCAAGACUCUUCUUCUCCAAGUCGUCGGCGGCCUUGACUUCCUCCACGCCCAAUGGAUCAUGCAUCGAGACCUCAAAACAUCAAACCUCCUCAUGAACAACCGCGGCGAGGUCAAAAUCGCAGACUUCGGCAUGGCCCGCUACUACGGUGACCCUCCCCCAAAAAUGACUCAACUCGUCGUAACACUCUGGUACCGAGCUCCGGAGCUGCUCCUCGGCGCAGACAAUUACGGUACAGAAAUCGAUAUGUGGAGUAUCGGCUGUAUAUUCGGUGAACUACUCACCAAAGAGCCUCUACUGCAAGGCAAAAACGAAGUUGAUCAGGUGUCGAAGAUCUUCGAUCUUACUGGUCCCCCGAAUUCACAGAUUUGGCCUGGCUUCAGGUCUUUACCAAAUGCCAAAUCCUUAAAAAUACCGUCCAACUCGAGUUCAUCGUCGGGCAAUCUACCUCUUUUGCCUCGGUCUCGAUUCCCGUAUUUGACUAAUGCGGGACUGAACUUGAUCUCUGAGUUGCUGGCGCUUAAUCCGGCUUCAAGGCCAACGACUAAGCAGUGUCUUGCUCAUCCAUACUUCCGGGAGGAUCCACGCCCAAAGCCGAAGGAGAUGUUCCCGACUUUUCCUUCUAAGGCUGGGAUGGAGAAGCGGAGACGUCAUCAUACGCCUGAAGCGCCGAAGAGGGGCCAAGAAGCACCUGAAUUGGAUUUUGCUGGGGUAUUUGGUGGUGCUCCUGGGGGAGAUUCAGGUGAAGCUGGUGCUGGAUUUACUCUUCGCCUGGGUUAA